GAUCCAGCCCCGUCCGACGCGCCUGUGCUGCGCUUCAUGGAUGCUUCAGCAGUUCAGCAUCCUCAGCCUCAGCCCUGCACAGCUCAGCGCGAAUAACAUCGUGACUCGGGACUAAUCUGACCGCGCUCUCCUUUUCAGGCUGCUGUACACUAAUAGCGUUGCGAGAGUUGCCAUGGCAAACAGAGGGCCCACCUAUGGACUGAGCCGAGAGGUGCAGGAGAAGAUCGAGCAGAAGUACGACCCAGACCUGGAGCAGCGGCUGGUGGACUGGAUCGUCGGACAGUGCGGAGGAAGCCUGGAGAGGCCACAGACGGGCAGAGAGAAUUUCCAGAAAUGGCUGAUGGAUGGGACAAUCCUGUGUCGGCUCAUCAACAGCCUUUAUCCGAGGGGGAAGGAGCCUAUCAAGAAGAUUCUAGAGACUCAGAUGGCCUUCAAACAAAUGGAGAAGAUCUCUCAGUUCCUGCAAGCAGCUGAAGCUUACGGAGUCACAACCACGGACAUAUUUCAAACUGUGGACCUCUGGGAAGGAAAAGACAUGGCAGCUGUACAAAGAACUAUUAUGGCUCUGGGCAGUGUGGCGGUCACUAAGGACGAUGGCCAUUACAGGGGUGACCGGGAGUGGUUCCACAGGAAAGCCCAGGGCUAUCGGCGAGAGUUCAGCCAAGAGCAACUCCGCCAAGGUCAGAGUUUGAUUGGCCUGCAGAUGGGCAGCAACCGCGGGGCCUCCCAAGCUGGUAUGACAGGCUACGGCAUGCACCGCCAGAUCAUGUAGACCACUUACUAACGAACCCCCUGCCCUGCUUGUAGAUCUUAUUUUGUACUAAUACCACAAAGGUUGUAGCCCCCAUACCCUCUCUAGAACCUGCCAAGUUAACCUCACAUGUCCUUGAAAUGCUGCUUUCCCAAACAGUGUGAUAUCUUAUAAAAUGAUGUCAAAUAUAGAUGUUCUUCUUCAAACUCUCUUCUUGCUCCUCUUUUCCCAUAUUUACAUGUGUUACCCCCCUCUCCUCUUUGUUUACUGUCAUGUCUAAAUGAUUACUUUAUGUGGAACUCAAAGUUAAUGAACAUUCAUUUAGUCUCGUAGAAAAUGUAAAAUUAAAAUAUCUUCACAAGAGAAGCUAUCAGUGUUAAUGACAUUUUAAAUCUGAAAUACUGUGAGCCACGGCUACAACAUGCUGUAUUCUAUUUAUUUGUAUUUCCGUGUAAAUUUAUUUACGUUAAGUCAUUGGUUUAGAACAAUCUGUAGCUAUGUACCUAUUUAGCCAUCUAACCGAAUGAACUCAUUAGGUUACACAAUGUCUCUGCUGUCUAGACUCAGGACUUUUUGCAGUUUCCUCUUUAACCACAGAUCGGGUCCUGAUAUAUUGCCCUAUGAAUAUAAAUGUGUUUCAUUCAUUCUCAGUCAUGCCCUUGUUAUUUGUUUGUGAGAUUCUAUCUUUGUCCAUGAUGUGUCCAUGCAAGUAAAUGUGCAGCAAACAACAUGUUUGACAGUGAAAAGACAUUGCUUGAAUGUCCACUUUUAUGUAUUGUAUUGUUUAUAUAUUUUAAAUAUAUUUAUAUUUGGAGGCUUGUGAGAAUAAGUAUUAAAAAUAAAAAAUAAAUGUGA